AGAACAGCUUGGGUCAGAAGGCACCUCAAGCAUCAUCAAGCUCCUACCCCACUGCUGCAUGCAGAGUCAUCAACCUCCAUAUCUAAUUCUACACCAGGCUGUCCAGGGCCCCAUCCAACCAGUCCCCACCCAUGACCAGAAACACAUUAAACAACGAUGGUGCCAAGCCCUUCAAGAAGCCAUUUGGCAUUCUCAGCUUAAUUCCCUUUGAGUACAUCUCCAGCCCAGUGGCACCAUUAGCAACUUCAGCAGGGAGGUCCUCUUUGAGCAAAACUCUUAAGUCCAAGUGCACUCUUCAGUAUCAGAAUACUGCCAUCGAAAUCAGUGGCAGAACCUACAAGCAUGUCUGUGGUCCAAGCUUGGGACUUCCCAAACUCAUGCUCUCUACCUGUCCUAACAGGAAUGUGGUGCAAACCCCUGAACCCUGAGGCAGCCCUCUGUACCAGGACCUAUUCUGUCAUCUUCUAAAAGCAGCAGGAGAGGAUCAACACAAGAACAGAAAAGGAGGAUCAUUGUUGUUGUUCUCAUUUGGGCCCUAAUUCAAUUGAGUCACUGCUCCUCCACUGCUAAAGGUGGAACAGCAGGGCAUAAAAACUAUUUUUUGGUUGUAGUGACCUUUAUCCUUGUGUUUUCCUUCCCAGAUGCAACAGAGCUGUACAGUUUAAGAUAAUCAAGUAUCUAUACAAUGCCAAACACCAUGAAGUUCAUCGAGCUGCAGCUUUACGAACACUUUUAGGCUGCAACCUUGUGUGGCUUUGAGGAGGCUGUGAGGCUGAACCUGUGGAUGAUGAGCAGGGUUCAAUUCUGUCACACGAAGAAAGCCAUGAACCACUGAAACUGUGUUUAAAGUGAUCUUUGGAGUGGUCUCCACCACAGCUGUUCUGCUCCUGGUUCAUUUCAAAGUCAUCCUCAUUUCCUCUCCUUUAAGGCACCGCUUUGUUUCUUUCCCCUUGGAAACUAAAGAGUGAAAACUUUCCUAUUUGGGAUGGCAUUAAAAAAAAAAAAAAAAGAAUGGCAAAUAAAGACAUUUUAAUUGCAUGGGAUUUCUGAAUAAGAUUUCAAAAUAGGGGGAAAAAGUAGCUACGUGCCUGGUACACAGUGAGCCCUUUCUCUUCCCCUUUGUGGCAGAGGAAUCAGUGGAAUUCAUAUAAAAGCAGGAGGGGGUGGGAAGAGAGAUAGGAGAUGCCUUGCUUGGUACCAGCAGGUCACAAGCCUCAUGAGUCUGGGGCAGUGCUUGGAAGGCAGUUGCCGGCUCUAUCUCCAUGUGUACCUUUUUGUUCCUUGCCUUGGAUUUGCUGGUCAGUGGCAUGCUGCUUUGCCUGGCUCUCUAUAGAGCUCGUAGCCUACAGGAAUUUGGACAGAGUGGUACAGACAUCGCCGACAGAGACUCUGAUCACUGACUAUCCCUUUAAAUGCAGUCUCAUGACUUAAUCUUUACUCCACUACCUAUUAAAGAAGGAGACAAGGCGUACAUAGACAGCUUCAAUUCAGACACCCAGAAGGACUCAGAAAGGCAAGACAAUUUAACAGAGCUAACUGUAUGAUUAUCUGGUGGAGUGCAUUCCCAGCUCACCUUCAUGUUGCCCAUUGUCUUCUUUGCACUCAUCCUUACUCGGUGCUUAGCCAAGGGCAACUGUGUCUCUUAUGAUGAGCUGAAGGACCUGAAGAUUGAAUUCGCAAUCAAUCUUUACCGCCAUGCCUCUGAAGUGGAGAACAGAACCAACCUGGUCAUUUCCCCUGCAAGCGUGGCCAUUUCUUUGGAGCUGCUGCAGUUUGGAGCUCAAGGAAAUACCUCCAUGGAGCUGCAGAAUGCCCUAGGAUACAACAUUCGUGAUCAAAGCGUGCAGGAUAUGUUGCACAAGGUGUACGAAGGAGCAGCUGACUCUGGCCAGGGUGCCGUGGUGCAGCUGGCAUGCUCCCUCUUCACGCACACUGGUGUGCAGCUCUCGCCCCGCUUUGCUGCACGUGUCGCACACUGGGCCAACAGCAGCCUGCAGCAAGCUGACUUCACCAACCCCAACCAAACUGCAGCCCAAAUACAGGGAUGGAUCACCGGUAACCUUGCAGACAGGGACGUGCACGGCGUGCCUUCUGAGGAAGCUGUGUCACCGCUCAGCCGGGUUGCUGUGGUGAGCACCAUGUACUUCAAGAGCACGUGGCUGAAGAAGUUUUCCUUUACAGAUACCCAGAUCUUGCCUUUUACCACGGCAGAGAGCUCAACCCUGAAAGUGCCCACAAUGCAUCACACAGCUGAAGUUAACUACGGUCAGUUCCAGACAGCAACUCAGGAUGCUUUCAGUGUCAUUGAGUUACCCUACCUGGGGGAGAAACUCAGCAUGUUCAUAGUGCUUCCCAGCCACAAAAGAACGCCUUUGUCCCACAUUGAGUCUCAUCUUUCUGCCAAAACCAUAGCACUCUGGUCCAGCAGCUUAAAGAGGAUGAAGAUGGACAUUUUUCUACCUAGGUUUAGUAUUCAGAGCCUUUUUGAUCUAAAGACAGUUUUUUCUGCCUUGGGAAUUAGAGACGCAUUUGAUCCCAUCACUGCUAAUUUUAAAGGCAUUUCAGAGCAAGCUGGCCUUUAUAUCUCAGAAGCUAUUCACAAAGCAAAGAUUGAAGUCACAGAGGAUGGCACGAAGGCAUCAGGAGCUACAGCAAUGGUACUACUGAAAAGAUCCCGAACACCUAUUUUCAAAGCAGACAGACCUUUCACUUUUUUCCUGAGACAAGCCAACACAGGUUCAGUACUCUUCAUAGGAAGAGUUACAAAUCCUUCAUAAUAAAUGCUAGUCAAAUAUCACCUUCUGCUCCUCCUAUGGUGAACAUACCUCAGAUGAAAUUAAAGACUACGUUAUAUAUGUAUUUAUUAAAACAUUCUUGCUUCUUGCAAAAAUAUUAAGUCCUCU